CAAAACUUCUGGUUUUGGGAAAUCGAUUUUUUUGGUGGCAACAUUUGGUGGCUUCAUUGGCUGGCGGUAAACACAACUCUUCGCCCUUGCUCUUCAGCUGUGCAACAUUGCACACCUACACCUUCGGCAUCUCUACAUAGAGUCAUUGGACGAGUACACCAGCACGUCAGGAGCACAGCAAGCGCAAUAUAGAUUUAAGCAGGAGCAACCAUGGCAGCAGUAACAUCAGGAUCGGCUGCUUCUCUUUUGACACAAUCGCUCAAAUCGAAGUGCAGGUUCUCGCUAAGAUCAACUUCCUGCCUACAACUGGCUCCUUUGCGUCUCCUGCCAACCAUGCCAUCAGUAGCACCCACAGCUCUAUCAGGACAUGGAGUUCACACGACAGCUCUACGGGGAAGGCAGCCCCCAAACUGCAUUUCUUAUUCUCAGCAACAUAACUCAUCAUAUAUCAUUCGCCCCUCAUCCGUCCUUGUAAGCAGUCGUCGGAGCAUGAGCGGCGUCAGCAAACCAGGAAAUAGCGACCAAACCUCAGGCAACAAUUACGGCCCAAAGAGCACAUUCGUCACAGGUUACAGCUGGGACGCAGUAAAAAAGCCAGCUGCAUCAUCUUUGGAGGCAUCCUCGGCAUCGACUUCGACUUUAUCUAUUGGAGGGGCUUCAACAAGAGCGACAAUUGUGCCCGUCAACAUGGCAAGAACAUGGGAUAUUCCAAAGGAUCGGACUGCAAGCGACCAGGAGGACAAGGAGAACAGCCAGUCCAAUAUUCAAAUGAAUCUUAAGAAGCUUGAAGCGAUAUCAAAAGUCACAAAAAAGAAACUGGCGUACUCGCCCUACAUUCUGAUUUCUCAACUCCCCUCAGCCGUUAUGCCAGACGACAUCAAACGCAUGGCGAUCUCAGAAGGAAGCAUUACUGAUAUCAUCUACCAUCGGAAUCAGUUCAUGGAGUUCCAGAACCGCGCAACGGUCGUCUUUCGCUCUGCGACGGAUGCUGUUGAGUUUAUUGCGCAAAAGUAUGGCAAGUUCUUAGGUGGACAUAAACUCAACAUGAACGUGCUGGAUCCAUAUAACCCUCGGGACAAGCGCUUUAUCCCACCACAGUUGUCGCCGGAACCUCUCUCAGGGCUGCUAGUUCUUGUCUCUGGGCUUCCGGCUGCAUCACGUCCGGAUAAUCUGCGAACAGAAUUCCGUCGGUUCCAGCUGAUGGACACGACUGAGGCUGCAAUCAUCCCUGUUCCCUCAAGGCGAAUGUCAUCGACCUGCCAGUACCUGAUUCGACUAUCGAGUCGAUCCGAGGCCUAUCGGUUCGUGAGGACAUAUCAUAAGACAUAUUUCCAGCAGCAGGAAUUUAGAAGGAGGUGCCCCAUCCGAGCGACUGUGAUUUAUUAAAUGGUUCACUCUUCGAUAGAGACAUAGAAUAAACGAUAUAGAGAAAAUCCACUACGAACGUUAUCUGCUGUACCCACUUUUGAGUGUUUCCUAAGUUUAGGUCGUAGACUAGCUAUACAAGCGUCUAGAUAUCUAAUGUCGCGACUGCAUAAAAAUCCGUUAUUGGAACCCUAUCAAAAGAAUGUGAGCUGGGCAUGUAUGCACUACGUUUAGUUAGG